CGUCGAGUGUAUCCAAGAUCACAUUGUUUAUGAAUACACAUCGUCAACUGUCGCCGAAUCCCUAAUCAGGGGUCUUAAAAGCUGUUAGGUGGCUCGGGAGGGAAGUGAAUAAAUGGACACUUAGCAUUCUCUGUCGAUUCUAAUACCAACAGCAAACACAGUUAUCUCUCGAGUCGCUGAUUUUUGCUCUAAUCUGCAACAAUAAGUCCGACUUAUUGCAAAACCAUCUCUGAUAACAAAGAGAUCUGUCAUCUACCUGUGCGAUUGACAUAAACAUUUUAUUGGACAAAUUGGUAGCUCCACAAAUUGUGAGAGUUCGCCAUAUGUCCGGUGUAGAUAAACUUUUGAGCAGCGUCAAUCUUCAUUUGACAAUCAGACCACCGAUUGAGAAAGUACGAACGAACACAGACUGUGCCCAGUUUGACAACAAUAGUGUUGACUCCUGACAAUGCCUCAUCACAAUAUACUAUCUGCAGACUGCUGUCAGCAUGAGUGACUUCUGCAUCACGAUGCAUUUCGUUGUCUUUGCUUUUGUAACCGUUCAGUGUUUCCAUCUUUCUAGUAACCCGUUUGUUUCAACCACUACCAACUCCGAUGACUUGCCAAACGUUUCAAAAGAUGAGCGAGAUGCGCAUGUUCUUCAGCAUCUGGAGAAUCAAUUUCAGAGACAUUUAUAUGAACAAGCACUGAAAGGAGAUGAUGAUUUAAAAGCACAAAACAACCCGUAUCCUUUAAAAGGGGGUAUCUUAAAUCACCUAUUCGGAAACCAGUUAGAUUGGAGUUAUUUACAACCAGGUGAACAAGAAUCCCCUUCUGAGGCUGAGGGAGAAGAGGCGACCGAAGAGAUAAGUUUCUAUAAAAGAUUCGGAAAAUGCUUAGAUUUCCCAAUGUACUCCCCGAAACCCAUCUACAUGGUGACGACUUGUCCAUUUCACUCACCCGACAAACAGGCGGUAGCGUUGUGUCAUGGAAAUUACGGCAAGGAGGAACAAAACAAGUGUGUGAUAGACUUGACACACAUCCCUGUCCAAGACCUCCGCGGCAUUGUGUACAGAAACGUCUACUGUUCCCGCUGUCACGACGCUAAAAAUGUGAGCUCGUGGACGGCGGACCUAGCCUUCAAUGACAUACCCGUUCUUAAACUGAUGGACAGUUCCAUUAACACAUCUAUCAAUUUUUUGAAAAAUAUGGACGAAAUGGCAUUCUGCUCAAAGAAAAUUUUCCCGUACAACCAAAACGUCAUUAGGCACUGUGAAAACCCUUCCAAGAGCCAUAAUCAUGGCGGCCGCGCGCGAGGCAUACCAACUAACCAACAGACAGGCAGUGAGACGAAAAUGCCUUUGUCGUUCCAGAUUCUCAUUAAUUUCGGUAUAAACGGCGAGGGGCACAUCAUAUUCAGCACGGAAACGACGCAUCCCAUGGAAACUGUCUCAUGUCCCCAAAACCAGGUGUACUAUAAAGGGCACUGCCGUAAAGUCACGUGUGACGAAGGCUAUCAUUUAGAGAAUAACGUCUGUCAUCCUGAUCCUAUCACCAUCAAUUCUGGAAAUUCGUUGUCGCAGCUGAAAAACGCAGCCGAAAUGCUCUCGUUGACGUUCCGACUAAACGCAACCAAAGACGAACUGUAUAUUUUGGAACAAGAUGGCGCCGAGGAAAUGCUCAAAGAAGAAAUCGCAUUUGUCUUAAACGUCAGUGCUAGUCGAAUAAGAAAUUUGACGAUUUCCGUUCGAAACGGAACUACGCAUUCACAAAUGAUAGAGAUUGCUCAUCCGAGGCGUUUGGAGCAAAACAGACUUUCUAGCGUGAAGGACCAAGGUUCUUCAGAGAGGUUUACAGCGAAGAACACUUACAAAAACAUGUCAUUAGACGAACCGGGAGACACAGAAGACAAAGCUUCAAAAGAAUCAUUGUUUACAGUUGAGUUUAAAUUUGAUCUUUUAGCCAGCAUGAAAAAGUCCGGAAAGUUCAGCUCUUCUCUAACCAGUGUCGUAAAUAAUAUGAACCAAAUGAUAAAAACUCAGAGUUUUAGCUUAGAACUGAAUGGGUCCGAUUUCAAAAUAACUGAGAUCAAGCACCACAACGUGUCCCAAGAUUUGAUCGCUUGGUGUAAUGGAACCCAGGAUAUGAAAUCUGGAAACGACGUGGAGAUGAAGAAUGCCACCGAUAGUCGAACCGGACGCACAGUUCAUGGCGUGUACGUGAAUGAGACCGGGAAAUUCUAUGGACCGGAUAUGUACGAUUUUUACAUUUAUGUGCAUGGUGAGUUUGGAAACAUUAACAAUGUGACUGUAAAUGCUCUAGUGUUUCUGUGCGAUACCCCGGCUCGUCCUCAAAAAUCUGAGUGUGCUAAACUGACUCUUAACUCCACCCUCUACAAAAAACUUAUGAAUAACUCGAUUUUGUACGAGGGGGAGGUGUUCGACCCUGAUAAGUACGACUAUGUGGAUGACACCCACGAUAAUGUUAAAAUAUGUAUCUACAGCCAAGGGGUUUCCUCGAGCAUCUUGAAAACGUCUUGUGCAAUGGAGUUCCAAAACGCAAUUGUUGCAGAGAGCUACUUGAGCUUUGUCUUGGGGAUUAUUUCAACAGUGGUCACUUUUUUGUCGUUAAUGACGUAUGUAAUAUUUAAAGAAAUGAGAAAUUUGCCUGGUGUGAGCACAGCUAACUUGACUUUUGCACUAUUUCUUGCCGAGUUAUUAUUUAUUGUAUCCGGAUCACCGAAGCCGGACUGGAUGUGUCCUGUUAUAGGGAUGGUGCUACACUACUUGUUCUUAGCAUCCUUUUUCUGGAUGAACGUGAUGUCUUACGAUCUGUACAAAACAUUCGCUAACAAGUGCAUCCUCACACGAGUGAGAAGCAAGGCAAAAUAUCUACCGCGCUAUGCAUUGUACGCAUGGGGAACGCCGGCCAUAAUAGUCGCUGUGUGUGCCGUCAUUGACUAUACAGGAUUCAUACCAAACGUGAAAAUAAGAUAUGGCGGGGGAUCUCUUUCAACCAAUAGUUUUAGGGACCUCGACUUAAGUGACUCUUCCGAGAACAGUACAAUGGCGCGCCGGAUGGAGUCCAUGGACGAGAACUUGGGCUGCUGGAUCCAGGAACCCGUGGCAGCUUUGGUCGCUUUCGGUUCCCCAAUGCUUCUCAUUCUGUUUUCAAACAGCGUCAUGUUUGUGAAAACAAUUUACUGCAUUCGCAAAACUCUGAAACUUGCAAACAUAAAAAAGAGGCGAUCCUCCUUAAAUCACGUCACUGGGAAAUCUGACGUCAGACUUUAUGUGCGCAUGUCAACAAUGAUGGGUUUCACCUGGAUUUCCGGGUUGGCGUCCUCCAUUGUGAGUGCUUUUGCCGGAACUCCAACGUUUACCAUCUGCACUGUUUUACACGCACUGAGUUUCUUGUUUAUCAUAUUCAACUGUUCACAGGGCUUGUUUAUCUUUUUUGCGUUCAUUUGCAACAAAAGAGUGAGGACCUAUUACAAAAAAUUGUUUUUGAGGUGCAAGACACGGACAGCGAUGCCAGACGUGUUAAAAUCGUCCAGAAUAUCAGUCAGCACAAUGACUUCGUGGACGUACACCCUCGAAAUUGUUCAGGUCACCGAGAAAGACAAUUCUCGCAACAAUGUUAAGUAGAGAUCGUGCUUCAAGCAACGUUUUGUUGACGAGGAUGAAAAUUUCGCGUAUUCGCGAGAAACGAGUGCCGUGUUUGGGCAGUAAUGCUCCAUAGAUUAAAAAUAAGAUUUUUGACCUGUGUCACAAUGAACAAAAACGCUACAAGUAAAAACUGGACCUUGUGUGGGUGUGAUAUUAAUUUGUGUACCAAACUGUCAUCAAUUUUGAUAAUUUUGUAGGUAUUUUUUUUUUUUAAUAUUAGUUCAUUCUUGUAAAUAUUGUAAAUAGUAAAUGUAUCAAUACGUAACAGAUGCAGUUUUUCCCCUAGAUACCGUUUUUGUAUAUAUUAAAAUUGUCCGGUUUUAGAAAUGUAAAAAAAAAUUGCAGAACUUCGAUUGAUACUUUUCAUAAUUCGUAUCGUAUUCAUACGCAUCUUUUCAUAUUUUUAUGUGUUCAAUAAAACCAUAGCGUGUUAACCAUACCUGGUUAAUUUUUUAAUUAACGAAUCUCCAAACGGAACCUGAAGUUCAACUGAAAUGCUGCUUACUGCGUUCCUUACAGAAAAAUUGACAGAACUCGCACUUUUUGUUGAGACAAUGUACCCCCAUUGUACCGUAACUUCAUUCUGCAUAUUUUGUGCUUGCAUGUCCUUUUUAUUUAUGAAAGUUUCUUUAUAAUUGUUAUCAUUAUCUUAAUUUUUUUCCCCUUUUUUGUUUAAAUUGAAAUAAUCACAGUUUUACGGAUGUUAUUACUUCAUUUUGUACAGAUUGGCUGUGAAUAAUUUUUUUUUACCGAUCUAUGUUUAAUUGUGUCUUUUCUAUUGUUAUUUAUUGUUAAUGCUUUGUUUUGUAGUUCCUGGCUUAUAAACAAAUCAUAUUUGAAAUAUUAAAUUUGUUGAUUCAUCGACAAAGUAGAUGGAUGAAUAAAAUGGCACAAAUGCUCA